AUGCCAGACCCCGUGUUGCCACGUCCUAACGAAAAACCUCUCUUUUCUCUCCUUUGUCUGAUUGUUGCUGCCUGGCAACCGGCUGCAGGCUCCACCCAGUACUUGUACAACCUGAUCACGUGUCGUCUGGCGCUGAACGGCAACCAAGACAACUCUUAUCUGACGGUCAUCUCACAAGAUGGCCUCAUGUUCGGCAUCAUCAACAUCAUCGGUGAGUUGGCCGUCGUUAGGCAGCCAAGUUCUUCGCCCAGUCUGCCCAAAAAGGACCGACACCGGCGCUGCUGA